UGCAAAUAAAAAUUGAUUUAACAGGACUUUUACCGAAUUAUAUAUUCAUUUUGCUGAUUACCCAUCUCCAUAGUUUAUGAACAUCAAGGAGGUUAAAAAUGGCUUUGAACUUUAAUCCUCUGGAUAACGAGGACGGCAUCCUGAUGUAUUGUGCUCAAAGUGAUGAAGGACUAGGAGACUUUGUGGCACUAGUAAUCAAGGAAAAACGCGUCGAGUUCCGGUACGACAUUGGUUCUGGUCCUGCAAUCAUUACGUCAAAUCAUAUCCUUCAGCCAGGUGUAUGGACGCAUGUAUCUAUAAAUAGGGACUUCAAGGAAGGAAAUUUGACUGUGAAUGGAGAACCUACAGUAAUAGGCAAAUCUCCAGGAAGUGAUCGCAUUAUGACACUUAAUACACCUCUCUAUAUUGGAGGUGUUGAUCGCAGAAAAAUCACAAUAAAUAAAAAUGCUGGUGUAAAUAAAACUUUUCGAGGUUGCAUCAGUGAUCUUGGAGUUUCUUCGGUAAAUGUAGACAUAUUAAAAUCAGCUAUAGACUCAGCAAAUAUAGAUGAUUGUAACGUUUUGCAUCCUAAUCAAAUUAAAAUAACUACUAUAAUCACUACAACAUCAUCUACGACUCCUUAUAAUCCGUGUGCCUCAAAUCCUUGCAUUCAUGGAAUAUGUCAGAAUACUGAUUCUUAUGACUAUUCUUGCACUUGUGAAUAUGGUUAUGUAGGCAGAAACUGUGAAAACAUUCUAAAACAAUGUGAGCUACUUCUUCCCUGUAGAAAUGGAGGCACGUGUACAGAUCUUCAUGGAUCUUACAAAUGCGAUUGUCAACUGGGUUAUAAUGGACAAAAUUGUGAAAAACUCGCAGAAAUAACAUAUGACGUUGCAUUCAAAGGAGAUGGUUGGUUAGAAUUGGAUAAGAAUGUAAUGAUACAUGAAGAAGAGCGCGAAGUAUUAGGUUUUGAAAUUUCGACGAAUAAGACUAGGGGAUUGAUCAUGUGGCAUGGACAGAUGCCAAGCAAUUUGAAUCCUGAUCACUAUAUGGCUCUUGCUGUGGUUGAUGGCUAUGUAGAAUAUCAGUAUGAUUUAGGAACAGGUCCAGUAGUGAUUCGUGUCACUGCACAGAAAGUAGAUGAUGGAGAAAGACAUAGAAUAAUUUUAAAACGCCAAGGAAGCGACGGUAGUAUUGAAUUAAAUGGUGAACAUAUGGAAAGUAGUACUAGUUAUGGAACACAACAAGAUUUAAACACCAGAGGUAAUGUGUACUUGGGAGGAGUACCUGAUUAUGCUAUGACUUACGGAAAAUAUCAAGAAGGAUUUUCUGGUUGCAUUUAUACUAUGGAAGUGCAAGAUUCUGGAGCCAUAGAUAUCGGAGACAAAGCUAUAAGAGGAAAAAAUGUUUCACCAUGUACUAGAGCAAGAUGGAUUCCUUCUUCUUUGGUAUUUACUAAUGCAGACACUGAUAUGUUCGAUGCAUUCGUUCCUCCACCUCCUGUUAAUAUAAUCCACCCAAAACCAGCGGCCAAUUUAGCUGCUUAUAAUAUCAAACAUUAUUCGUUGUUAAUUUUAUUUCAAAAUUUGCUCGCUUUUAUCAUAGAUGUAAGAGAACAAAGCGUAUUUUUUACAAUAUUAUACAUAGACAUUUUGAAAUGUAUACUAAGUUAAAUGUUAUUUUUCAAAUGAGUACGUAUUUUUUCAUUAAUAGCGCAUUUUAUAAUGAAGAAU